AGCCUGUCUCGGUUAUUGUGAGGAUCCAGAUGACAUGAGUGUACUGCAGGUGGAGUUGCUCAAAAAAUAUACAUUGCCUUCUGCUACUACGAGGGCCUGGCAUUGCUGUUUUUGGUUUUGCUGCUUACUUUCUCCAGAUGGUUCGGAUUUGCAGUGAGGAUUGAGACCCACUCAAUGCUGUGAAAAUGUCUGCCAGGACCCAGCUAGCGGCCAGAGCUUCCCUUAUUGAGCAACUGCUGUCUGAAGGGAACUUUGAGGAUCUUGGCAACCACCUGACGGAGCUGGAAACUCUGCACGUGACCAAGGAGCAUCUCCAGCAGACACAUGUGGUCAGGGCUAUGUACCGUGUCCUCAAAAACUGCCCCACCGUGGCUUUGAAGAAGAAGGUCAAGUGCCUCCUGUCGAAAUGGAAAGCUCUUUAUAAUGAUCCUCAUUUCAAACCAGGAGACAGCCCCAAAUUCUUCCCUGUGGGUGACAAGGACAAAAAUUCAGGACUUUCUUAUGACUCACGUCCAGAUGAGACAUUGAGAGGCUCCAGUUCUGAUUCUCUAUCUUCCCAAGAUGCUAUAGCAAAAGCCGCUGAAAUGCUUGUGCCUGAAAAUAGCCCGAAUGGAAUGGAACGUAAGGAAGAGGAUGUCAAGGGCGGCGACCCCAAAUCCACUGACCAGAGAUCAAGUGAGUUGCUACCUCCUGCAGUGCCCGUGAGAAUGAAAUGCACAGAGCUUCUUUAUGAAGCUUUAACUAGUUCUUCCACCGAGCAGCCCAAAGCCGAGUUGUGGCAAAGCUUUGCAAGAGAAAUUGAAGAGCACGUUUUUACCCUGUAUUCAAAGAACCUCAAAAAAUAUAAAACUUGUAUCAGAAGCAAAGUUGCCAAUCUGAAGAACCCCCGAAAUUCUCACUUACAACGAAACUUGCUCUCUGGGACCAUGUCGCCAAGAGAAUUUGCCGAAAUGACGGUCAUGGACAUGGCAAGCAAGGAGCUGAAAGAGUUGAGAGCUUCCUACACGGAAUCUGGCAUUCAGGAGCAUUGCCUUCCCCAAGUGAUGGAGGGCACCCAGACAGAGAAAAUAAAAUGCAAACACUGUGAAAAGUUCAAUUGCAAGGUCACUGUAAUUGACAGAGGAAUACUUUUCCUUCCAGGUUGGGUGCGGAAUUCAAACCCAGACGAACAAAUGAUGACGUAUGUAAUCUGUAAUGAAUGUGGGCAACAGUGGUACCAUAGCAAUUGGGUGUGCUUGUAAUUGUAAAUAAAUGCUCUGGGACCGGCACAUAUCUUAAAUGUAUAUAGAUUUUGUCAGGAAGUUAUAUUAGACUAAUAACUUUACGAUUAUGAGAAUCAGAAAAGAGUAAGAGAACAAACAAAAAUCACCUAAAUCUUGCCGUUCAGGAAAUCCCAGUCUAAAAUGUUGUGUAUCUAUUUUCAGCCUUUUCACUUGUGAUGUUUAAGUAAAAUUUGGUUGAGACUCUAUAUGACAUUUUUUAAAUAACAGCUUUAUUCAGUUGGCUGGGCAUCCUCUUGUAUUCUCUGUCAG